UGUAGACAUAUACAUUGUGGUAGGGAUGGAUGGAUUGGGUUCCUCGGAGCAAACGGUCCCGAAUCAGCUGAUCGAAGUCGGCCGUGGCAGCAGUGGCUCCUAGAGUUCAUUUGUUUUCGUUUCGUCGUCGUAUGUCAGUGAGGGCAACCUGCUGUUUGGGUGUUUUUGUGUGUGAACGCAACCUAACCUACAGCACUGUGAUAAAAAAUUACAACUUUGUUCGAGAAUGUUUCCAAAGAGUAUCAGUAUUAUAUUUUGAGCCAUUUGACUAAGUUGCACUAAAGGACAAUGGAUCCAAUCGGGACCAGCUGUUUCAGCUUGAAUAUAGAAGAAAAUGCAAGAGCUAUAUUAGAAGAAAAAAAACAAGAUGAAAAGUUUCAAGAAAUAAUUGUCAGCUGCAGAUCUUUAAGUAGGUAUGAAGGGAAAAAAACGAAGACGCUGGUACCGCAGUUGGUAGCAGCAUCUCUAGCGGCUCUAUAUCAUUUAGUGGUUGGAAUAUCCUUGGCAUAUUCGGCAAUAUUGUUACCCCAAUUAAGAGAAGACAAAGAUUUCAAUCUCACUAAAGAUGAAGAGUCAUGGAUAGCAAGUAUAAUCGUCUUGACAGUACCCAUAGGAGCACCUAUAGGUGGAAUACUAAUGGACAUGAUUGGAAGACUAAAUACCGUUAAACUAGCAGCAAUACCAGGAAUAAUCGGAUGGACUUUGAUUGCCACUGCUCACAACUUGCCUAUGAUGUUGCUGGGAAGAGUUUUCAACGGUUUUGCUUCAGCUUUAGGUACAGGACCGGCCAUAGUCUACCUCACGGAAAUUGCAAGAGCUGAUAUGAGAGGCUCUUUGAUAUCUUUGGCGCCUGCUUAUACCUCAUUUGGCAUGGUUUUAGUGUAUGCGAAAGGUUGGGUCAUGAACUGGAGGACAGUUGCCUGGCUGUCGAACAUAUACACCAUUGUGCCAUGCAUAUUAAUCAUGUUUAUACCUGAAAGUCCAGCCUGGCUUGUUUCCAAGGGUAGGACGGAAGCCGCCUUAGAGUCGCUCAACUGGAUCAAUAAAUAUCAGCCUCAGCCUGAAAACAGGGCAGAAUCCCUGGCAGAACUCCAGCUAGCCGCUCUCCAGAAAGAACAUCAGAAGAAAAUGGAAUCUGAAGCUCUGAAUGGCACAGGAAUAGUUAAUAGGAUAAAAGAUUUUAUGAAGCCCACUGGAUACAAACCCCUCAUCAUCCUUGUCGGUCUAUUCUUCUUCCAGCAGUUUGCCGGAAUAUACAUUACCCUUUUUUACUCAGUUGAAUUGUUCAAAGAGGUGGGAAGUACCAUGAACCCAUACCUUGCAUCAGUUUUACUUGGCACCCUCAGGUGCUUGAUGUCCAUGGUGAAUACAUACAUGUUGAGGACGUUCAGGCGUAGGCCGCUCAUCAUGACCAGUGGUGUUGGAAUGGCGAUUUGUAUGUGUGUUUCUGCCUUAUUCACCAAGUGGAUCAAAGAAAAGCAGACUGAUAUGACAUGGGUGCCAGUUUUAGCUUUGGCGAUGUACGUAGUAACAUCGAUGAUAGGACUGCUCAGCAUUCCAUGGACCAUGACAGCUGAACUCUUUCCUAUCGAGAUAAGAGGCAUAGCACAUAGCUUCACAAAUGGAUUCGCCAAUCUACUUAUGUUUUUCUCUAUUCAAAGCUAUUACAGUUUAUGUCACCUCUUGGGCGGUGUAUCUGGCAUACAAUACUUUUUCGCUAUUAUUUCCAUUGGUGGAGCAGUUUACUCCUACGUGUUCCUCCCCGAGACCCAUAUGAAAAAGUUGAGUCAGAUACAGGAGUACUUCAUUCACAACACUAUGUAUUUGGGUCAGAAGAAAAAACCAACCAAAAGGUCUUCAAAUGGUCGUAAACGAAUAUCUAAUAAAGAUAUAGUUAAAACGAAUGAUAAAUCACAAAAUCAAGUAUUGCUUACUUAGUUAAUGAGUGGAAUCGACGACGGAACUCCUCUAUACAGAGUCUCCUCAAUACAAUAACGAGCAUAUUGGUCUUUAUCAGCAAGUCUUGGAAAAAAAACACCAACCCAAAAUUUAAAAAAAAAAUAUUGUGAUAGAAUUUGUGAUAAUGAAUUCGGUGAAAACUGGAACAGAACUUUGUUCGAUUCAGAGUUGAUAUUUACAAUAAGUUCUUCAAAUUUGAUAGUAUUAUUUUGCCUCUGUUUGAAUUAAAUACUUUUACAACUAUAUUAAUUAUAGCCUAUUUCAGAGUGUUCUGAUAUUAACUUAGUUACAUCAUAUACCCUUGUCAAAAUGAAGUAUUAUAACCAAUAUGCUCGUUAUCAUUUACAUGACUUAAUUUUUCAAAUUUUUUUUUCAUCCCAGUAAGCCAAUAAUAAUUUUUUUUUUAUUUUUGACAUUUUAUUACACAUACCUAAUCAUUCCUUAUUAAUGAAAUCAGGGAUCAUAUUUGUGAGAAUUUAUAAUGAUCUUUUUCGAUCAAUAAAUGUUAUGGAGCAGGCUCA